AUGGGGAAAGCGAUGCUUGACAGUCUUCUGGGCUGCUACAGUGGUCAUUACAUUGUGCAAACACAUCAAGAGCUAUAUAAGCCGGCAGACCGGCUGAUAUCAAGGCACUAUAGAGCUCCAGACCCACGAGACCGUCAGCCCAGCCGCACUGCCGCCAGCCCAGCCGCACUGCCGCCAGCCCAGCCGCACUGCCGUCAGCCCAGCCGCACUGCCGUCAGCCCAGCCGCACUGCCGCCAGCCCAGCAGCCCUGCCGUCAGCCCAGCCGCACUGCCGCCAGCCCAGCAGCACUGCCGUCAGCCCAGUCGCACUGCCGUCAGCCCAGCCGCACUGCCGAGCUCAGGAUGAAAACCUCCCUGGUGCUGCUUCUCGCUGUGAUGGUCAUCUCGGCACAGAUGUUGUCCGCCGACAGCCUCGUGUUCGGGCCGCCUGGCAGUGGCCUCAAGCGCGGCGCCGAGGCUACCCGGACCCGUGUAGCGGCCCUGAAGGCGCUCCUGGCCCGCAGACUGGCCGCGGCUGAGAUGGCCAGGGAGAUGGAGACACGGGAGUUGGACUAAGUCAUGACCCAAAAGGAAAAAAGGAAGGAACAGCCGCGGCUACCACGGUACUACCUCUGACUGACCGUUGGGCCUCCAACUCCAACUGAUUCUUAAAAGGCAUGCAGACGUCAUGAAAAACGAACUGUACCGUUACAUUGCGAUUAUCCUUGUAUAUUGUUAACGCUGUAUUAGACUAGAGUUUGCAUGUUACUUCUCUGGUAUCUCCAGUAUUGAAUAAUGCUUUGGAAAAGUUGUGAACAUCAACUGUCAUGACAAACUGUACCGUUACAUUGCGAUUAUCCUUGUAUAUUGUUAACGCUGUACUAGACUAGAGUUUGCAUGUUACUUCUCUGGUAUCUCCAAUAUUGAAUAAGACUUUGGAAAAGUUGUUCACGUGAAUAUCAACUGUCAUGAGUUUUGACAAACUGUGCCGUUACGUUGCGAUUAUCCUUGUAUAUUGUUAACGCUGUACUAGACUAGAGUUUGCAUGUUACUUCUCUGGUAUCUCCAAUAUUGAAUAAGACUUUGGAAAAGUUGUUCACGUGAAUAUCAACUGUCAUGAGUUUUGACAAACUGUGCCGUUACGUUGCGAUUAUCCUUGUGUAUUUCUAACACUAGAUUAGAGUUUGCGCGUAAUUUCACGGCUAUCUCCAGUAUUAGAUAAGGAUUUAG